AAAAUUGUAACUUCGCGUUAUAACUACUUUACCACUUUUUUCUCUUUUCGUUAACCUUUUUUAUCUGAUUGCGGAGCCUUUUUCUUCGUGCUGUGAGAGAAGCGGAGAGGCGGCGAAGGUGAACCAGAGGCGGCGGCGUCGAACCCUAGCAGUGCCGUCCAGAGGAAGCGGAGUGGUGUCCAUCGAUCUUGACGGCGAGCCAAAUUGGGAUCGCGCAUAGUGCAGGAAAUGAUUGAAUUCUCCAUUUUCCCGAGAAAGUGAAAGAUCUCUUCUCUCACUCUCUUUCAAUCUCUUCACUCCUUUUGUUCUUGAUGUGUAGGUAAUCGGAAUCACGCCGAUGAUGACGAUUGAAAACCACCUCGUGUUGUUUGCUCCCAUUGCAACGGUAAUAGCAGCUAGACGAAGCAGAAGCACAUCUUCCCCCUGUGACUGCAAGCUUCACCGAGGGAGCAGAAGGUUUCGGUGGGACACAAUGAGUGGCGCGUUCAAGCCUUCAAGGGAUAUGAACGCCUACGAGCUUUCCGUGAAUCAAGUAAAAAAAUGUGCGCUGCAGCUGGUGCUCUUGAUGGAGGUGAUGCUGAGUUUUGGGUUCUUUUGGCCGAGUUGCUGGGAAUAUGAAAGGUUGUUUAAUAAUAUGAAACUCUUGAUUGGUUAUGCCUUUAAACACUAUGAACAAGCAAAAUCCACCAAGAAAAUCGUGUUGAGCUUCAAUGCCAGGUUGCAAACAUGUCUCCCAACAUACUAUCAAGGGAAAUGAAAAUUUGUUGUCUUGUUCCUGAAUUGUAAUCACCAAGAAAAUUACUUCUCAAUAUCUGUGUAGCAUCUUCACAAAAGUAAAGCUUGAGUGCUUGACAUAAAGUGCUGGAGAUUUAAAUUUAUAAGCUUUUGAAGGUAACUGUGAAAAUUUAAACUAUAAGCAGAUUUUGAAGCUGUUUUCACCUGGGUUUUCCUUUACCUGUUUGUCAUAAAUUUAUUUUUAGAUAAUCUUGUUGUUUUUCACUUCUUAGGGACGUAAAGGUAUGUUUUCGGUAUCAUAGUUAUCGUAAAAUGAUUGCUGUUAAUUCAGUUUCCAUAUGUUAUAAUGACAUGAUCAUGAUGUAUAUUAAUUGUGAGUAUGACAUCUUCAUGGAUUGACUUUUAGAUGAUCAUGAUGCACACUACCUAUUUAAGAGUUAAACCUUCCGCAAUUUGAGGUGAAAUUAAAAUGAUAAGGUGUCUUAAAUUGUAAAACUGUGAUGCUUUGCCGCUGUUUGACAUUAAUGUUUCCUAACUUGUUUGGUGUUGGUAAAUGAUGAAUUGGUUUAAAAUCUGAUUUGUAGAGUAGUUUAGUCAUUAGUGUUCAUACUUCCAUGGUUUUCUGCUACUUUAGUUCUGAAACUAUAUUAUACAAGGUAAUGAAUUCAGUGGUAAGAGCAUUAGCGCUAGUGUAAGUUUUAUGCAAGUAGAUUUGAUUUGUAAGCUCUAUUUUUUGGCAGCUAAGAAACUAAUUUCUGGCGGUUUGGAACCGCCAAAAUUUGUAUUAAAAAGCCGACGCAAACAAUCAUAUUUGGCGGCAAUAGUUAAUGACGGAAAUUAUGGCCGCUAAAUGAUGACUGCUUUUCCCGGCCAUUUUUACGUCUUUACCGGCGCACGGUAAAAGCGCCGGCAAAGCCUUUGCCGACCCCCGAUGCACCGGCGAAGUCGCUUUUGCCGGUAAAAGCAAUUGCGGCCAUUUUUAUUGCCGCUAAAGGAUAUAUUUAUUACCAGUAAAAAGCCUUUUGUUGUAGUGACUAUUAGUUAGCUUCAGGCCAUUUAGCAUUAAGCCUAACAACGACGCUUAAUCAGUUUUAGCGUCGAAUUUUACCUACUUAACGUUUGCUUUUGGCCGAUGCUAACAAAAAAUUAUGUUGCAGUAUCACAAUGACACAUAACUACAGUACUGCACUAGCCAAAUAGUGUUUUUUAGGAAUCAAACUCAACUAAACUCACGUUGAAAAAAAAACUCAACUAAACUAUCUAUAUUUAUAAUAAUUCUCAAUUUCUUUCUUCUUCAAACUACUUAGUUCCCGUUUGGAAAAACAGCUUAAUUAAGUGCUUAUGAUCAUAAGCUACUUAUGACAUAAGCUUAAUUUUACCUACUUAUGACAUAAGCGCUUAUUCAUAAGCUAUUUUUAAAAUUUAUUGAAAUAAAUUGAAAAUUGCCAUAAGCUGUUUGCAUAAGUCAUCCCAAACACUGGCAUAAGAGUUUAUGCUGUCAGAUAAGCUUAAAUAAGCUCUUCCAAACUGGGCCUAAAAUGUAAAAAUUGGAUGACUAGCCAUUUUGGCACAACAUUUUUCACUUAAUUUCUCUUAUUAUCUGUCUUUUUUCUUUAACACAGUACUCACUAGUCACUAUAUCUCUGGUAUAUUUUUUCUCUUCUAUUUCUAUAUUUAUUAGAUGUCCGUCAAUUUGACAUCUUAACAAAAUUUGCAAUAAAUAGCUGCUGAUCUAUCUAUCUAUCUAUCUAUCUAUCUAUCUAUCUAUCUAUCUAUCUAUCUAUACUAUAUAUAAAAGGAAAGUUUCUGCAGCCUUGAGGGUAAAACAGUAAUUCAAUAAAUCAAUACACUUGAGUGACAAAUUUUUAAUGGAUAUAUCUGUAAAUUCAUGAGUAAUUUAAUAUAAAAUAAAUCUUGACCCUUGCUUUCAUCAUGUGUUUCUUCACCCUGUCUCUCCCCCUUCCAUUUUCCCCAUUCGUUUCUUGAAACGGCUGAGAGCGAAGUUUGAUAUUCUUCCUUUUGUGAUUUUUUCUGUGUCCGCCUCUUCCUUC